GUCAGAGCUAAUGGAGGAGUUUGAUCCAGACUGCAUUAACAGCUGUAUUGGCGCAGGAGUGCACGUGUUAUUGUAGCGAGGAACAAUCCGGCAUGUUUCCUGAAUGAACCGUUGGAUGUACUGUCUCUUUAAGAGCCUUUCUGGCUCCGUCGGUGCGCUUUUUAGCGAGGUGCCAAAUUACGCACGGAGCUCCCAGCGGCCGCUCCGCCCGCCGCCCGCCCGGCCUCCCCCCGCCUGCCAGCGCGCAGUGGUUCGCUCCAGUCGGCUCUCUGCUGCUCUUUAUCACCGCCCCACUGACCGGCGCGCAGUCGGAGCUCCAGCCCGGUAACCGAGCGCACCCCGAGCCUCACCGAGCCGCUUCUUCUUCUUCUUCCCCUCUUGCUUCAGCCUCUUUCGGCGUUUUUGCCUCCUCCGUUGGUAGAUGCAGAUCUGGUAGAAAAGCCAACAAGAAAAGAUGGAUGGUGUUCAGUUUGCUGUGAAAAGAUCCCCGUCUCUCUGCGUCUCUCCCUCUAAAUCCCUCCACCUGUCGGUCGCCUCCCUGGCUCGCCUCUCCAGCAUGUCGCUGAAGGUCCAGACCAGCAACGUGACCAACAAGACGGACCCCAAGUCCAUCAACUCCCGGGUCUUCAUCGGCAACCUGAACACGGCCGUGGUGAAGAAGUCUGACGUGGAGAGCAUCUUCUCCAAGUACGGCCGGGUGCUGGGCUGCUCCGUGCACAAAGGCUACGCCUUCAUCCAGUACGCCAGCGAGAGGCACGCCAGGGGCGCCGUGAUCGGGGAGAACGGCCGCGUGCUGGCCGGACAGAUGCUGGAUAUCAACAUGGCGGGAGAACCGAAGCCAAACAGACCCAAGAGCCUGAAGCGCUCCGCAGCGUCUCUCUACAGCGGCUACGAGUUCGACUACGACUACUACAGAGAAGACUUCUAUGACAGGUUGUUUGAGUACCAUGGCCGGGUGUCUCCGGUCCCUCGGGUGGUCCCCGUUAAACGUCCUCGGGUCGCGGUGCCGCUGGUCAGACGGGUCAAAUCUUUGCCGGUCAAACUGCUGACACGCAACACCUCCGUCCUCCCCACCAGCAACGGAAACAAACAGAGAUCUGUUAAAGGUGCAGAGCUUCAGGCGAUUAAGUCCGAGUUGACUCAAAUUAAAGCCAACAUCGAAGCUUUGCUGGGAAGACUGGAGCAGAUCACAGAAGACACACACAUCACCGCCACAGAGCUGAGGAAGACGGAGGAGUGUAAGAGCGAGGAGACGUGGCAGGAAGGGGAGGAGUCGAACUCAGAGCUGGAGGACGAGGAGGAGGAGGAGCACAGACAGAACAGUGAAGCUGGAGACGAGGAGGAGGAGCAGAACGAGGAAGAGGAGGAGGAGGAGGAGGAGGAGGAAGGAGAGCACACGCAGGGCGACGCCCACGACCACAUGCCGGUACUCACCUCCAUCUGACUGAGAG